AUGAAUGACGCUUUUGGACAUUUAAAGUCGCUGCUGAAAAUCGACGAGAUAUGCAUCGAUAACUUAGUGUUUAAAUUGCACUACAAAGUGACUUUUCUCAUCCUUCUUGGUUUCUCGGCUUUUUUAACAUGCAGGCUGUACUUGGGAAAUCCGAUUGAUUGCAUUGUUGAUUACCAAAGUGUUUCAACCAACGUCAUGGAAACAUACUGUUGGGUACAAUCGACGUUCAAUUUACCUAAUCGUAUCAAUGGAAAGGCAAGCAGGAAUGCAGCACAUCCGGGUGUCUCGAAUUUCGAAGAGGGUGUUGAUGGUGUCAAGUACCAAAAUUAUUACCAAUGGGUAUGUUUUGUGUUGUUCUUCCAGGCCAUAUUUUUCUACAUACCCAGGUACAUCUGGAAAAUAUGGGAGGAUAGACACAUGAGGGAACUGGUACAAGAUCUCAACAAACCACUUUCCUUCGAAUCCACACACAAGCAAACAUUGGUCAACUACUUUGUCCAGUACCUACACAAGCAGAAUGUCUAUGCUAUCCAGUUUUUCUUCUGCGAGAUCUUUAACCUUUGCAACGUCUUUCUUCAGAUUUAUUUUAUGGACCGCUUUCUUGAAGGUGAGUUUAAAACCUAUGGUUAUGAUGUGUUAAGAAUGACCGAAAUGAAUCCUGAAGAUCGCGUGGACGUAAUGUCUCGAGUGUUUCCUAAAGUCACUAAGUGUACAUUCCGAAAAUACGGUCCAACUGGCACUAUACAGAACAUUGACGGUAUGUGCGUAUUGUCACAAAACAUUGUGAACGAAAAAAUUUAUGUAUUCUUAUGGUUCUGGUUCUGGUUUAUUGCCAUAAUCAGCGCAUUAAACUUUGUGUAUCGUAUGCUUCUCAUUAUGGUGCCCUAUUUCCGUUUAUUAUUAUUGAGAUCAAGAACUGACUGCUUUUCUUAUAAGAAAUUGAACACAUUAACUCAAAAGUUUUGGUUUGGUGAUUGGUUUGUCUUUUAUCAAUUGGCCAAAAACGUCAACCCCGUGGUUUUCAGGGAGAUUGUAUCAGAAUUGUCCCAAAAGUUUGAGGGAAAAGAUAAUGUGUGA